AUGGCCACAGAUGCUACAGAAAGUGGUAUAGGUAUUUUCACCACAAAUAAAAAACUGGGCUCUAGGUCCGAGUCAUCAUCUCAAGUAAGGAAAAAACGGAAACUAGCGCCAUGGAUAUUUCCAGAGUCAGCAGUUUUAACAAGAUCACCAACGCGACUAGACUCCAAGCUAACUAUAUCUCAAGAGCUAAGAAUCAAGGAGUCAAUGCACGAUUUUCUAAUAAAGCUAGGUCUGAAACUAAAAGUCGAUGCUCCUACAAUAUUAGCUGCAACUGUUUAUAUUCAUAGGUUUUACAUGCGGGUACCAAUAACUUCCUCAAAAUAUUACGUUGCUUCAGCUGCAUUAGCGAUCUCCGGGAAACUUAAUGAUUGCGUACGACAGCUGGAUACGAUCAGUUUAUAUGCGUGCAAUAUAAAAGCACCCAGGACAUCAUCAUCAUCGUCAUCGUCAUCAUCCAAAUUCCCACCAAACACAGCUAAUCAUUCUGCGGCACAACCACCGCCACCGCCGCCACCACAAAUUGACGAACAAAGUGAAUAUUUUUGGAGAUGGAGAGAUCAAUUAUUGUACCGAGAAGAGUUGAUUUUGCGAAAACUUAAUUUUGAUCUAAGUUUCCCGUCGCCCUACUUGCUACAACAUAAGAUACUCAACAAAAUGCAUGCGGGAAUCAACCAGACAUUUUACGAAAAGAGGAAAGAUAUUAUGGUGAGAACAACAAGACUAAUCGAACUUUUGUCAAGUUUGCCUAUCAUACUUUGUUACGACAUGAAUGUCCUCUUUGCCACUUGUUUGGUAAUGGUGGUGUUUGAAGGUAAAAGUACUUUCAGCGACAUGAAAAUGCCGGAAAAUUUCAUUACUAAAGUAGUCGAGGUUGAUCUAGAGGAUGUGAUGAAAUGCUUUGAAUUUAUCAAAAAACUAUUGAACUUUUCACAACAAGACCCUCAUUCUUAUAGUAAUAAAACAGCAGCUAAACGAAUAUUGGGUAUCAAAACAUCCGAUUUCGAACAAGUUGCCAAAGGAGCACCAAUAUAG